AUGGAAAAUAGAAGAAAUAGCAAAAGAUUAUUUAAUUUAUUUCAAUCAACCAAGUCAGAAGGGAUUUUGAAAGCACUAUCUAAAACGAAUAGAGAUUUUUGGCUUCAACGAGCAGUAAAGAACUGGAAAAAUUAGGAUGUAUACGGAAGGAAAGUAGAGUUCACUUAUAAAGGAUCAAGAAGAUAUAAAACAUUACUUGGCGCAACAUUUACUUUCGGCUAAAGAGUUGCCAUCUCAAUCUUCAUUAUCUACUAAUUCUAUAUGCUAGCCUUAAGACUACAUCCAAAUACACAUAUAAAGCAAAAAGUUUCAACACUUGAUGGCGUAGAUAAUGGAAUUCCUGAUUAAACUUAUGGAUCGAUUCAUGCAUAAAGCAUAGUAUAAUUAACAGAUUAGCCAAACAGUUACAAUCCAUAUUAUGAGAAUAUUUAUGAUUUUGAAAUCGAAAAAUGCAGCAGAAAACAUUUUGCAUAUGUUAGCAAUUACGAAUGGAAUAGGUAUAGAAUUGGAGAAUUUUAUUGUAUAAAGAGUGAAAGUGAGAUAAUUAUUGAAGGAGAUAAAAGGAGUAACCGAUAUCAGCAUUUAAACAUCCAGCUAUAAUCAUGUUAAAAUACCACAAACAUUUCUAUCUGCAAAUCUGAAUCUUAGAUAAAAGGCUAUUUCCAAAAUAAAACAUUAUAGUAUGUGUAUAUUAACACAAAUUUCGAUUUCAUGAGCUAUGACUAAGAAAUUCAAUACUUUCUAGAUGAUGUUUAUGAGAUUAAUAUUGAUGCAGAUAGACAUAAAAAUAUACAAAUGAAAAUCUAAAAUACUUCUACCUAGUAAUACGACAAUUUUUUUACUUUCUGGGAUUAUGUUAAAUACUAUUACUACCAAGUAGGGGAAACAACUAAAACAGAUUAUCUAAUGCCUAUUAAUUUAGGCCAGAAGGUUUUUGCAUCUAUUUAAGUUGUACUAGAUAAAAGAACUAUGAAAUAUGUAAGAUAGGUUGAAAAUCUAUUUGAUGUGCUGGAAUCUAUAGGUGGUUUCAAAGAGUCUAUUUUCUCAAUAAUUCUUAUCCUUAUAAUCUUUUUCUAAGAAAGACUUUUUAAAGCUUCUUUCAUAAAAUAACUUUACCAGGAAAAAGGAGAAAAACAAUCAAAGAAAAAAUCUAAUUCAACUUAGUUAGAUCUCGGUUCUGGGAACAGCAGGAAAUAUGUGCAUGCAAAAACUAAAUAAGAUCAUUUAAAAAAGAGGGAAUUGUUUCAAUAGAAAUUGGCAUCAAUGCACACCAUUACUCUUAAUAAGUAAAGAGUUUCUGACCUUAAUGUUAUUGAGAUUUUAGCAAACAAAAACUUCUUACAGGACAAUAUAAUUACAAAGAUUAUCAAUGAAAUUUUAAGAAGAAAAGCUUUUCGUUAUGGAUAUCAAAUGGCCAUUCACUACAUCUUGAAAUGUGUAUGUUUAAGGAGUAAGGAUUCCAUUAAGAAAAAUAAGGCGUUUAAGUAGCACUUGAAAUAUGAAAGAGGAAAUGAGAAACUUGAAAGAGAACUUGAUGUAGUUAAUUUGCUGAAGUCAAUUAGACAACUCAAAGCUUUGUUAUCAACUAUCUUGCCUAUCAGAAGUAGGUUGCUAUUGAAAUUUUCCAAGAAAAAUUUACUCUAAUCAUCCUCAUCUUCUUCAGAAUCUGACUUUCAUAAUCAUGAUCUCAUGAGAGAUCUUAAUAGCAAAAAUAAUUUCAAAAAAUUAGCUGCUGUUGUCAAACUUAAGAAGGCCCUUUCUCAUUACAAGGCAAAUUAAAUGGAUUAGAAUGAAAAAGUAUUAAUAAAAGGAAUCUUCAUUCGGAAAGCUAAAGAUUUUCAUGAUGAAUUUUAGAAUAACAAUCAUAUUUUGAAUGAUCAUGGAGGCUUAUCAGGAAGUAAUGCUAAUAAAUCUUUUAGUUCUUCAUCACAAAGAAUCGAUGACGAUGACGAAGAUAUGAGAAUAUCAAUUAGCCCUGAUGUAGAAAACCAAAAUUACACUCCAAAUUUGAAAUUUAAGGAGCUCAAUAAAUCUCUUACCAAAGACAGCAGUAAGGAAUUGAAUGCAAAAGAAAUUCAUUUGUUUCCAAACGAUAAAAAAAGAAAUUCUGAAAAUCUUAAGACAACAAGGUCGCAUUUCUUAGCUCCAAGAGUAGGAAUCACAAAAGAAUCUGAAUUGAAUAUAGAUAAAUUUUCAAUAAAUCAAUACAAUGCAAAGGGAAGUUAGUCUCCAGGAAUAGAUAAUUCUAGGAUGCUUCUAAUGAGGCACGAUGAAAGCACAAUUUCUGGUAUGAUUCAGCAAGAGCUUAGACAUAUGGAGGAGUAGAAUCAUAUUGAUGAGCUGAUGGGAACAAAUUAGACACUACUCUGA